GUAUGUACGGAACUGUCGCCUGUGAUUUUCGCUCCCGCGCCCUCACAACAGCAACACAGAUACGCACUAUCCUACAGUCAAUCACCUUCCUAUAGCUCAUCAUCAUCCUACGGUCCACCGCCACCAUCUCCCCCGCCUUUCGGUCGAUCACGCCGUCGGUGAACCUUGCCACCACCAAUGUCUUUCGGCAUCAGCAUCGGCGACUUCAUUGCUUUCGGCAAUCUUGCGAUGGGGGCAUAUGCUCGCCUCCAGGAGACCGGAGGGUCUGCGGCCGAUUACCAGAGCCUGAAGCUCAUGCGGCGGUCCUUCGGGGAGACCCUUGUCAGCGUGGAAACCGAUUUGCAGAGCACGAACUCCUGCUCCCUACCGAAACCGCUCGUCAAUGCAGCCAGGAAACAUCUCAGCGAGUGCUCUCAACUUCUACGGAAUUUUGACGAAAUAACCAAAAAGUACGAUGCUAGUCUUUCACAAGGAGGAUCCGGGAAGAAGGUGAAAGACUACAUUCGAAAGCUGGGUUGGGGCGGUAUGAAAGACGCCACAAGGGAGCCAUUUCGCCGCCUCCAAGAGCACAUCACGGCGAUAGAUAUGCUGUUGACCGUCAACAAUGCGCACCGGAUUGAGGAACUUUACGUCAUCUCGCGAAGGAAGCAACUGGCAGAAGUUCCGCGAAGCCUUGAUUGGAGCGACAACAAACCCAUCAAGCUUAUAGAUGCGUUCGAUAGACAGAUUACAGUGCCGUAUGAGUGGUGCGAAACAUGGGAGGCCUUUCACGACGUACUACAGAGUAGCUUUCAUGGCCGGCGAGAGAGGAAGUGGGUCGAAAGCAUGGCAUUUGAAAUCUUCGACGAAGACAAUAAAGCCGCAAUGAUUGCCCCAAAAAGCUGGGAAGACGUUAUAUCACCAGGCAAGACCCUUUCCAUGUCCAUGCGACUGAAAAGGCAGGAAGAGCCGUCGCGAGGAACAGAGCAGGAAUGUCCUAGUUGUCGAACUCUGUACAAAGGCUAUGAAAACAGCAAGGCCCUUGAACGGGUUCGAUGGUAACUUCACCUCAAAUGAUCCUGAGAUUCUAUCAGACUUAACGAUCGCGUGUAUCACGAAAGCCUCAAAUGCAAGACGUGGUUUCAAGUGUCUUCGGCACCUCGAAUCAUGGAACUUUCAGACGAUGACAGCGUUCAAGCUUUAGUUGACACUGCUAUUGACGAGGCAAACGCGAUGCGGAUCUGCCGUUGGCACAUUGUGGUCGAGCAGACUGAGCAG